AUGGCCGAGCCGGCCGUAAAUGAGGCACUGCCCUCAUCAGCGUCGCAGGUGCCGGGAAAGGAGACCCAACCCGGCGGCGACGCAUCAAACCACGAUGUUGCGGUAUCUUCUGCACUUGCGCCGCAGGAGGAAAUGAACAUUCCAACAUUUCAGGCGAUCAACGCCCAAGCUGUUAAUCAAAAUGCGAGCGCUUCCGUGAACACAGCCGCGCAAGGUCGCAACGAUCCGGGUCCGCCACCUCACCGUGCCCCAGUCACACAAAGCCUCCCACAACAGGCACAAACUUCAGCCGGCCCAUCUCAACCAACCAAACCACUUCCACAAUUUGAUGGCAUCGACGGCGCGAUGUCUGCUGAUGCCACCUACGGCACCCGGUCACGAAAUCGAGGUGGGAAUGCACGACCAAACUACGCAGAGGAUCAGGAAAUGGAUUUCGAGUACUCGUCUUCUACUGCGGCGACAAAGAAGAAGCCUGCGCCGGAUUCUGCUACGCCGACCUCGACCUCUCAAAACACCUCUGAGGCCAAACGCGCCCGCGAGUUCGCGCACCUCAUCGGCAACGGCACUCCCACCAGCGCAGCCGAAACAGCUGGCAAGGAGGCCACACCAACCGCUGCCAUGAAUCCUUCCAAAAAGCGGAAGGCUGCUGGACCGCCAGCGACGCUUACGCAGACGCAGACGCCACCUGCUGCAACGAAUUCCCCAUUGCCGACUGCGUCGCGAAAAAUCGCGCCCCCAUCAGCUACAGCACGCGAAACCAACAUUAUGUCAUUUUCCAAGCACCGAGCAUGUCUGAACAAGAAAGGCGACUUGAUCGCAGACGAUGGCACGAAGCUCAGCGUGAACGAUCACGUGUACCUCGUUUGCGAGCCUCCCGGCGACCCGUACUACCUAUGCCGGGUAAUGGAGUUCCUGCAUGUUCGAUCCGAUGACCUCUCGUCACCUGUCGAUGCCUUGCGCGUCAAUUGGUACUACCGACCACGUGACAUUGGACGGUUCAGCAGCGACAGUCGAUUGCUCUAUGCUACGAUGCACUCCGACAUCUGCCCGUUGACGUCCCUGCGAGGCAAAUGCACAAUCAAGCAUCGAUCUGAGAUUGAAGAUGUCGAAGCAUACCGGAAGGAGCGUGACUCAUUCUACUUUGUCCAAGUGUUCGAUCGAUUCAUUCGUCGCCAAUACGAAUGCAUCCCAGUCGCACAGAUCAUCAACGUACCGGAAAAGGUCAAGAAGGCGCUCGACGAGCGAUGGAAGUUCGUGGUGGUCGAGAUCGGUCGGGUCAAAGAACUGACCAGUGCAGUCAAAACUUGCAAGCGAUGCACGAGGUAUUGCGCUUCGAGCGAUUCCGUCGACUGCGCCAUCUGCAAGAACUCAUACCACAUGAAUUGUGUGCAGCCACCAUUGCCAAAGAAGCCAUCUCGGGGGUUCGCCUGGGCCUGCGGACCCUGCAGUCGAGCGUCGGAGAAGAAGCUCGAGGCGCGCAACACUCCCACGCUCAGUGGCGAUGUGACCGAAGCUGAUGAGGAGGACUACGCUGAAGAGGAAGUGCCCAGCGCAUCGGACGACACCACACGAGCGCCGAGCCCGGUCGGCGACACUGUACUGGAUGAUCACCCGGCGACUCAAGCAGAGAUCGCUAUGGCGAAGAUGUGGCCGAUGCGAUAUCUUGGGAUUCACGCCAGAGUGGAAGACGCUUUACAGUACGACGACCGCGCCAUUUAUCCUCGAGCGAGUUCGCGACUGGGUCCUCGGCAUCAAGCGAACGUCAAUGUCUGGCACGGUCGUCCCGUGGAGCUGGUGAAGCCAGCAGAGAUCAAGAAGCGAUUCACCAAAGGCACCAGUCACAAGAAGGAAGGAAAGCUGACGAAGGAAACACUCGCGGCUCUGGAGGCUGAUCGUGAGGAGAAACUCAAGCGGCCCAAAUGGGUGCAGGACGAACCACCCGGCUAUGUUCCGCGUGGCGAAGACUACCCCAACGAUGACCCUCGAAAUACUGCCAAGUUGCUAUUCAAGAUCCCAGAGGAGCCGGAAGAGCAGCCUGCUGGGCAGAUAAGUCCAGCACGCGACCAACAAAUCGAGACUUUCCUUUCGAAAGCUAAGCCAAUGGCAAGAGACAUCGGCGUGCCGCCCUUUGGGGUCAAUUUCAUCGACAAGGCUAUGGAGCUGUUGACGAUCAACAACUUCGACACGAAUGUCGCUCUCAAGCAACUGAAGGGCAUGCAUCGUGUCAAAGAUCUGCACGAGCCAGUCUUGAGCAAGGCUGAGCUUCUCAAGUUCGAAGAGGGCGUCGCGAAGUACGGCUCAGAGCAUCGCCUGGUCCGGCUCCAUAUGAAGACCAACCUCCCGCAUUCCGACAUUGUGCGCUUUUAUUACCUCUGGAAGAAGACACCAAAAGGAAAGGAGAUCUGGGGGAACUAUGGCAACCGCAAAGGAGGCUCUCGAAAACGCAUUGAGAACGAUGCUGGCACUCUCGUCCAGCAGUCCGUGGCACAUGAUGUUGACGACUCGGCCUUCGACAACGACAAGGCCAUGAAGAAGAACAAGGGGUUCCAGUGCAAGUUCUGCAGUUCGACCCAUUCACGACAAUGGAGGCGAGCUCCAGGUGUUUCGCCAGGACAAACGGUGGUUGCAGACGGCAAGAGCGGGAAAGAGAAGGGCACGAAACUUCUUCUGGCCCUCUGCUUGCGCUGCGCUGGACUGUGGCGGAAGUACGCUAUUCAAUGGGAAGACAUUGACGAGGUUGCGAAGAAGGUCGCAGCAGGCGGCGGUCGUGCUUGGAAACGCAAGAUCGACGAAGAGCUUCUCCGCGAGCUUGUCGCAGCCAACGAAGCUGCCAGUGUAUCAGCCGCCGAUCAAGCGACCGCUGCCGUCCCCUCAAUCGAGCCCGCUGGCGAGCCACCCAAGAAGAAGUCGAAAAUCGAGGAGAAAAAAGCGCCGCCACCGCCUCCGCCGAAAGAACCGACUCCGCCUAUCAUUCCAAACCAGCCGGUCUGGAAAAUUUUACCUUGUGCGAUUUGCAAAGGGGAGGAGGAUACACUUUCAUGCGCGCACUGUCGUCUGACUGUGCAUCGAAAGUGCUUUGGCAUUGGCGAGCAAGAAGGCGUCAGACCGGAUGGGACAGUCAAGUGGGUGUGCGAACAAUGCUCAAACGACCGGAACCCGCAAGUUUCGACAGACUACUCUUGCUGCUUGUGCUUGACAGAGGAGACACUCAUCGACCUUGUUGAAACACCCAAGGUUUCGCAUAAGAAGAAGGAUGAACGGGCCAAAGAGAAGGAACGCAUGGAGAAAGAGCUGGCCGACAACAUGCGAAACGAAUACCGCAACAGACAACUUUCGCUGCAUCGACCUGUCCUUCCACGAGAACCACUGAAGCGGACGACAGGCAACAACUGGGUUCAUGUCCAUUGCGCGGUGUGGACGCCGGAGAUUCGUUUCAGCGACUCGACGAAGUUCGAGGUUGCGGAAGGCUUCCAAGCAAUACCGCAAGCGAAGCACGAGGCUGUAUGCAAAUUGUGCAAGAACCGGGACCAUGCCAACCGCUUCCGCGAUGACAAGGGCUCGUGCGUGUCCUGCUUCCAAUGCAAUGCCAACUUCCACGCAUCUUGCGCCUUCGAAGCUGGGUAUCUGUUUGGCUUCGACGUCACGCCUGUCAAGGGCUCGCGCAAGGACCAGGUCACUACCGCCACGCUCAAUGAUGAAACUGGAGCCCUCACUGCCGGCAUCUGGUGCAAAGAGCACACGGUCAAGUCACUUGUGCAUCCGGUAACCGAGAUUGCUGAUGUGGAAUCUGGCAAAACGGCGCUACAAGUGUUCACCCAGAAGUAUAAGCAGGCCGAUCUUACCCUGACUGGAACAGUGCGCAAGGCGAACUUCGUCCAAAUGACAAAGGAGAAAGGACAGCAAGUGGCGGCAUCGGCUUCUAACGGAGGCAGAAGAGAGUCUACUGCGAAUAGUAUCGCUGCAGCGGUGCGCCGUGGUGCCAGGAACUCUCUAGCGUCGGAGGCCAAAACUGAAGGCGAGAAUGGAAGUGUCCAGCCACCAGAUGCUACAGACUCAACGGAGCGUCGAUGCGCCAAGUGCAAGAUCGACUGCACGCCGAGAUGGCAUCUUGUGGAGCCUGAUCUGCCACCGCCAAAGGAAGCCACUCCGCCUAAGUCACCGCCUCGAAGGUUGUCGAUGACUCUUGGUGAGAUUGCGGAUCAGCAGCGUGAGCGAGUGAAUGGAGCAAAUGGAGCCAAUGGCGUUCAAGGCGGGAACAGGCCGCCAGACAAUGGACUCAAGAUCCGCUUCAUGCCUCCUGGUGCAAAUGGACGGGCGUGGCAGGGCAUGCCGGAGCGGUACCCGCCUCUGAACAACGGACCACUUCACAUGAAUGGGCCACCGCCGCCGCACGAGCCAAGCUCCAAUCCUCCUAGAGAGCAGUACAACCCAGCCAUGAACGGCGAAACGUUCCACCACCACGGCAUACCUCACGACUCGAGCCAGAUGACGGGACAACUCCCAGCAGAGGCCGCUGGUCCCGUCGUCGUUGCUGAGCCACCGAAGGAGUACUUGUGCCACAAGUGCUUCCUGAAGAAGAAGCUCGACCCCACGCCGCCGCCAGAAGAGCCACCCACUCCAGCUCCUCCGCCACCACAGCCCGCACAGCCCUCUCCACCUCGACCGGUCUUCCCAAGCACUUGGGACACUCCAUCCGCCCCUCCACAGCCCCCGCAGCCUCAACCCGAGCAUGUCCCUCAUCCGAGAAUGCCAUGGCACGAGCCUUCUCGAGCUCAGGCCCAGCCUCCGCCACCCGCGAACGGUAUGGGAAUGUCGCAUUUCGGACCGCCUCCACCGCCGCCUCCCCAUGGACCGGGCUUCCAGCCGUUCCACGGCCCGCCGCCUCAUUCUCAGAAUGGGUUCCAAGGCCCACAGCAUCCUGGUCCACCUCCUGGGAUGCAUGAGAGACACAACAGUUUCGGGUUCGGGCAGCCACCGCAUCCAGGUCCACCUCCGGGCAUGCAAUCGCAGUAUGGUCAAGGUUCUCGGCCUCCGCCACUUUCGGGCUUUCCGCCUCAUGGACAGCCGAUAAACAACGGCAUGCCAUCGCCGAGGAGUCUACAAUAUCCUCCGCCGAUGCAGUCUCCAACGCAUCCACACCAGCCGCACUACCAGGGCUUCCAGCCACCUCCGCCACGCUCACAGGAGUCGCCGUUCCAAUCGCACUUAGGGCCUCCAAUGGGCGGACCACAACAUUACCAUAGUCCACAGCCGGGUCGUCCAGAACCUGCCACCUCCCAGCCGCAGAUGGGCGGACCACACAACUACAACAGUCCACAGCCCGGACGUCCUGAGCCGGUGACUUCGCAGCCUCCAAUGGGUGGACAGCACAACUACAACAGCCCGCUGAACGGUCGUCCUGAACCUGUCACCUCGCAGCCACAGAUGCAGCCGACUCUUCUACAGCAUCAACCUGGCACGCCAUCAGCGCAGCAGCCGCCUACCCCGCAACAACACUUCGCGCCGCAGCAUAACAGCCCGCAAGUCAGUCAGUCGCGGCCGGAUAGUCAGGCGGGUCGGCCUGCUACGCCUCCUCCAGGAGGUCAAGCGCCUGGCACGCCGACGGUGAAUGGGGCUGGAGCGAGCGCGAGUCCGAGUUUGCAGAAUUUGCUGCAUUGA